AAAAAAAAAAAAAAANAAAAAAAACCACCUCUUCAUUCCAAGCAUUAGAGUGUUACAUUCACUUGCAAUUAUUCUACACAAGCCAAAGUAUUAAUCCACAAGAAAAUGGGUCAGUUGUGGACUAUUCUCACUCAUCUUCACUCCUUAGCUGGGCCCACUGUUAUGCUCCUAUACCCAUUGUACGCAUCGAUCCAAGCCAUGGAGACCCCGACGAAGCUCGACGACGAGCAGUGGCUAGCCUAUUGGAUCUUGUACUCCUUCCUUACUCUCUCCGAAAUGGUGCUCGAGUCCGUCAUUUAUUGGAUACCCAUAUGGUAUGAGUUGAAGUUGGUGUUUGUGGCGUGGUUGGUGCUUCCACAGUUUAGGGGAGCUGCUUUUAUAUAUGACAAGUUCGUGAGGGAGCAGCUAAGAAAGCAAUGGUCCAUCAAAGAUGUUGCCAAGCCAAGUUCCCCCCCUUCUUCAUCUCCUUCUAAGGACAAAGACAGUAGUAUCAAGAAGAAAUUUGUAUCUUUCAUUACUCCUAAGAAGGGUGCACAUGAGGCAUACUGAGUGCAUGGUGUAGAGAGAGAGAGAGAGAGAGAGAGAGAGAGAGAGAGAGAGAGUCAUGUGUUUGAUGUUGUCAAUAGUACUGUUGAUUUUUCUCCCUCUUCAAUGUACUUCUGUUUUUUUUUUAGACUAGCUGUAGCAUACUGAAGUACACUUCUUUCACUGUGCUAAAACUUAGAAGACAAAUUUUAGAUGUUGAGUCUCUUCUCAUCGUGAGACGGUACGUUUAAUCCACCGCCCGUUAUGUGCAGUAUCUGAAUUUUGAAAUAAUAUGAAUAGUGGAUUAAACUGUC